AUGCGCAUUUGGACCACCGAUCACACAUUUCAACACCCAUGGGACACUGUUGUCCAAGCCGUUUGGCGGAAGUACCCCAACCCAAUGAAUCCAUCUGUCGUGGGCAUUGACAUUGUCGACCGGAAAGUCUGUCCUGAAACUUCUGUUUUGCACACGCACAGACUCAUCAGCUGCAAGUGGGGUCUCCCAGGUUGGGCGGAAAAACUACUCGGGCGAGAUACAUCGAUCGCCAGUGAGCAUUCUCAACUUGAUCCUAAAAACAAGAGUUUCACGUUAAAGUCUAAAAACGUGUCAUUCUGCAAUGAAAUUUCCAUAAUUGAACAACUCACUUAUAAGCCCCAUCCAGCUGAUGAAAGCAAAACAGUAAUGACUCAGGAAACGCUGAUUGAAGUCCAUGGCAUUCCGUUGAGUAGCUACUUUGAAGAGUUUGUCUACAAGGACAUUGCAAAAAACGCACUCAAGGGACGACAAGCAAUGGAAUUGGUCAUCAAUAAAAUAAACGAAGAAGUGCACGAUAUUGCACACAAGACGGCAAAGAGUGUAGAUGAAACGCGGUAUCAGCUGGCCGGCAGCACAAAACGUUUAAAAAUUGCCGACGACUUGGUGAUCAGAUCAUCACAGCCAAACCCACUAUCUUAA